UUAGGAUUCGUUAUCAUUUCCAGAAUCUGCUCCUGCUUUUGGUUUAAAGUUUUUUUUUUUUUAUAACUGAAUUUGCAGUUUCUCAAAUGUGUUAGAACCAUAGUUGUGGCAUUCUGUGCUCAUGAAAACUGAUAAGCUUCACAAUUCACAUGGAUCCUAACUGAAUAUUGAGUUUUUUUGUUUUUUGUUUUCUUGCAUGAGUUUGUUUAAAUAUGCUCCUCUAAAUUAACAUUUUUAUUUGCUUUCCAUUUCCGACAAAGGAGGUUAAUUUUCUUUUUAUAUUCAUCAUAAGAAGUUAGUAGAACUACAAUUCUGGUUUAAAGUUCCGGAUGGGUAUUUGUUUACCAAAGUAUUCAUGAUUUUUCCUUAAGUGUCUACAUGGGUCUCAGUUCUUGUCUUCCAUUUCAAUUAUUGGAGCUCUAUGAUGAGUGUUUAGUGCUUGGAUCUACCUUGUUUAAAUUACAUAUAUUUCUAGUGAAUUCAGGUAAUGUGUGUUCAAAAUGAUAACACCUGCUGAAAGUUUGAGACUUAUGCAUCUUUAGAAUUUUAUCUAAAUUCUUAUAUUUGUCCAUGAAUGUCUGGCAUUGUUCCUGAAGAAGAUACUAAUUUCUCAACUUCUAAGUUAUGGAUGACGAGGAAAUCCAAGCUUCAGGCGCAAAGAUUUCUGAAGAGAAUUUAUGUCCAAUGUACUUUGGUAUUUCGUGUGCAUUUGUCGCUCUUGAACUCCUUUCACGGUCUAACAUGAAUGGUGUCGAUACUGAAUUCGGUGGAAUACGGGAUAGGAUGCUGCAAGGCAGCACCCACCUAUUAGGUUUACUUGUAUGGAGAAUUCAGAAAAGGGAAGCCAUUGAAGAAAGGUCUGAGCUUCUUCACAAGCUCGAAAAAACUGAAACUGAAGUUGCCGAGUUGAAGAAAAGGAGAAGUGAAGACUCCAAGGCCAAUGAGAAAGUUGUAGGUAUCUUUGCCUCCCAAGAACAGAGUUGGUUAAAUGAGAGAAGAAAGCUCCGAAUGCAAAUUGGAGCUCUUUUGAACAAACUACGGGUUGCUGGGACAAAAAACGAAGAAGCUAUUUUAGAAUUGAAUUCAAAAAUAAAGGACAAGGAACUUCUGUUGGAGUCCAGAAAUAAAUUUUUGGAACAAGAAGAGCAGGGUAAGAGAAAGGAACUAGAAUUAAAGCUAGAUGGGGCCAACAAUAUGCUAAAGGAAGUGAGGGAUACUGCAUAUAAAGAAACUACAGAGCAGAGUACUCAGCUUUGGAAGCACAAAACUGCGCUCAUGGAGCUUGUAUCGAAUCAGAGACAGCUUGAAGCUGAAAUGGGCGGAGCACUUCGGCAGCUUGAAGCUUCGAAAGAAGAGCUAGACUCAGUUUUGAAACAAAAAGAAGUGUCAGUUUUUAUGGUUCAAAAGCUAUCUAUGGAAGUUAGAAAGAUGCGCAAGGACUCGGAACAAAAAGAUAAAAUACUAUCUGCAAUGUUAAGGAAAUCUAAAAUUGAUUCAGCAGAGAAAGAAAUCUUGUUGAAGGUUUCCAAGGCAAGGAGGAAACAAGCAGAGCUGGAGACCACUUUACAGGUCUGUUUAUCAUGUGUUAAAGAGGUUCACACCAUUGAGCCAACUAGUUCUCAUAACCAAAAAAGCCGGUCGCGUAUCACUAACAACAGGGUGCACCCUGGUGAUUCUGAAAGAAAAACUGAAAGAGAGGAUGGAAUGGAUCAAAAAGAACAACGGGUAAUGAAAUUUCCACCAACAGUUGCAGACGACACUCACUGGAAGAAAAUGGUGAACUUGGUGAGACUGGGGUUUUUCGGUUUUAAGCAAUUGGAAGGUUGGGUUGAGCCCGAAACAGAAAGGAAGACCGACAUAAUUGAGGAGAGGCAUCGUUUAGAAAUGGAUGCAUUUGUUGAAGAAUUGAGGCUGAAAGAUGAAAAAUUGGAAGCUUUCAACUGGAGGUUUCUAAGUGUGGAACUAGAAUCAAGGCGAUUGCAGUCCCACAUUGAAGGGCUAGGCCAAGACCCAUCACAUCUGAAGGAGGAAAACCUUAAAUUGGAAGCCUCGUCAAUGGAGCAGCAAUCAGAAGUAAUAUCUCUAAAGGAUAAGAUGGCUAGUUUGCAAUUACACCAGCUGCAAUAUCAAGAGAUGAAUUCGAAGUCUUCACCAAAGACUCCUGAUCCUAGUCAUGAAUAUGCUUGGUCCAAUGCUAAGGUUAUUCGAGAGAGAGAAAGAGAGGAAGAACUAAAGCCACUAUUGGUUAGAAUUCCUACAGUGAUGGAGAGUAAGAAAGAGGACGAAACCCCUCCGGAGAACAAGUCGCAAGGUACGAUCCCAGAAGUCAUCGAAUCUCAUGAAGAAGAGAUUGAAGAAGUAAAGAAAGAGGUUGAGAUGGACCCUGAUCAUGUUGUGCAGGAAUAUGCAGCAUGUCCAGUGGUGCUAAAGGUGAUUACUGAUAAGCUAGCAUCAGGUAAACUUUCUCUGCAUGAGAAAGAAAACCAUCCAUGGAAAAUGGAUCUCCAUUCUUUGGGAGUGUUUUACAAGAUUAAGAGGCUCAACCAGCAACUUUUCAUGCUUGAUAAGUUGGCAGGAACACAAACAAGUAGAGAAAAGAGAGCAAAUUGCGAUAAUGAAUGUCAACAGCUGAAGACGUUUUUCUUAUAUGUAAUUCCCUUGCUCAAUAAACAAGUCAGCAGGUACCAGACCCUCCAAGAGAGCACAAAUAAUCUUUGCCAAAGGAUGUAUGAUAAUAAUGCAGAUUCGAGCAGUAGAGAUGCAAACAUUGUCAAGACGAAGAAAGAAAUUAGAAAACUGGAGAACUUUCUCGGAGAAAUGUUCCACCUACAAAGAUACAUGGUAGCAACAGGACAAAAAUUGAUAGAGAUACAAUCAAGAAUGGCUUCUGAAUUGGCCUAUUCUAGCGCUCAAGAUAGUGGAAUAUAUACAGGAUUCAACAUGAAACGAUUUGCCAACAGCAUUAGUACCCUUUUCAGGGAAGUGCAAAAAGGUCUAGAAGCUCGAAUUUCUCGAAUGAUAGGAGAACUCGAAGGGACUCUAACUUGCGAUGGAUUUAUUCAUCUGGGACAGUAGUCCUCUGUUAGACAUUCUUCGUAAUAAUUGCAGUUAAUAAUAGAAGAUGCAUCGGCUCGACGAUACUACUUUUUCGAUGCCAAUUAUGCCGUGAUUAGUGCAGGUAGAUCUACUUUGAGUUUGUAAAGAUGUUUAGCUGCAUUGCUCACCUUGUGAUAAGAACUCAUCAAGAACAGCACUCGAGUUCUUGUACUUCUAUAUAGAAAUACAAACAAGUGU